GGCAACGCUGCGAGUGUUGACACGUGCUGUAGAGCCACGACGCUCCGCUCUGCGAUGUUUUUCGCGCCGAUUUCGAAUUACUAUUGUGUAUGCCAAAUGUUCCUUUAAUGUGUUUUAGUUGAACGUUGAUUAUUGGGAGUUGUGUGAUAAGUGGUUCAGUGAAGUUUUGUUACAAAAUAAAACAUAUAAACUAAGAACUAGUGGAUAGUUAGCAAUAAAUAUUGCUUAAGAUUUUCCUUGAUUGUUAGAUAACCGGCUGAAAAGGAACAGAAUUGGAAAUGGCAUGAGAAUAAGAGAAAUUAGGUGAAGAAUAAUAUCUCUUGACUGAGGCUGCUUAAAAUGGCUGAGGAGAAGAAAAAGGAUGCGAGUGCAUUGCUGGCCAAAAAGAAAAAGGUGAAGCCACGCAAGUCGAGAGACGCAGACUGCUGUAGUGUGAACUUCUUGAAGUGCGUCCUACAUAUCUUCAAUGUGGUGUUCCUGUUCGCAGGCGCGGGAGUGUUGGGCGUGGGAGCGUGGACGGUGACCUAUCGACAUCGAUACGUGUCCCUGCUACCGACGCCGACUUACCCGGCUAUAGCGUACCUGCUGAUCAUAGCCGGGGCUAUGGGCGUCCCUCUAUGCGCUCUAGGCUGCUGCGGCCUCAAGACUGAGAACAGAACCAGUUUGUUAUGCUACACAUACUUCCUGCUGAUAACGUUUAUACUGGAGGUGGGCGCGGGCGGACUGGCCUACUACUACGAGGUGGCAGUCGAGGACGAGCUACGCGCCGAGCUGAAUAACACAUUCCUCUCUAACUACGCACUCGACACCACCGUCACUAAUGCUGUCGAUAAAAUGCAGACUGAGUUCAAGUGUUGCGGUGCAGUUCGCUACUCGGACUGGCGCCACAGUCCGUGGCACGAGCACGACCCGCGCCUGCUAGUACCAGACUCCUGCUGCAAGACUCCUUCCAACCGCUGCGGCGCCAGGGACCAUCCCUCCAACAUAUACUAUCAUGGUUGCAUACGACAGUUCACGAAUCACAUACGGGACCACCUGAUCAUCUUGGCCGCGGUGGGGGUGGGGAUGGCGGUGAUCCCAAUAUUCGGGUUCCUGUUCUCGUGCGUGCUGUACGUGAAGAUAAAGCACGUGAUAGACUGACGGCGGGCCGCGCCGGCCAACGCUAAGAACCGGAAAGUGUUCGACAAGUCGGCGCGAGGGGGCACGGGGCGGGGCGCGCCCCGGCCCCGCCCUCAGCCCCGCCCCCCGGCCCCGGCCCCCGCCCCCUGCCCCGUGCACCCCUCGCUCGCCAAACGAGCCCCCAUCUCCACCAUCAGCGACAACGUCAGCAUAUAAACCACCAACUCAAGUCCGUGACUGAAUGUACAGUGACAAAGUGCAAUCUCGAUGUAGACUUAGAUCAUGUGUUCAUCGAUUACGACAAUCGAUUAUUAUACAGAAUUAAUGUUCGUGUCUAAUUAUAGUGAAGUAGAAACUGUGACCGAAUUUAUAUCAAGAGAGCCGGGCCAGCAGCUCGGUAGUGACUAAUGUAAGAUGGUGCUAUACUAUUUUGUUAUGGGAUCGCAGGUAGCUAGCGCAUCUAAUGGGGGGGAGAAUCUUAUUGUUUAACGAAUGAGCCAUUUGGAAUUGCGAGUUAAAUUUUAAAGUAGUAAUUGUAUAAUUAAAUGUUUUAUCCGUGUUAAAA